UUUUCAACUCUAUAAACUUAAACAAAUGAGAGCCGAAAAUUUCGGUUACAAAAUUCAAAAUUCAAAAACCCAUUUGGCGGGGUUACUUCUUUAAGAUCUAUUAUGUUUAAAAUGCAGAGCCGACUGAUCUUGUCGCCCGUCUCUUGUCUCCGAUGGAACCAAAAGCACUCAAGUACGAAACCCGCUAAAUCCUCCUUCGCCGAGUCGAUGAAGCCCAUGGAGGAGUUUAAGCGUAAUCGAAUUUCCAAGAUCAGUGUGGUUGGAGCUGGUCAAGUGGGCACCGCGAUUUCUGCGAUGCUGCUGCUCCGGAAUCUCACCAAACACCUGGUCAUACUGGAUGUAAACUACGAGCUGGCCAAAGCGGAGGCACUGGACUUCCAGCAGGCUUCGGCCUUUUUGGGCGAUGCACGGAUUGAUCCCUGCGGCGAUGGUUCGCACUCAAAGGAUUCGGAUGUGGUUAUAAUGACGGCGGGAGCUCGACCCUCGGGAAAGGAUCGCUCUCGCCUCGGGGCGAUGCACAAGACGGUGGAGAUCUUCAAGGAGGCCGUACCCAAAUUGGUGGAUUUGAGUCCUAAAGCCACCUUCAUCGUCAUUGCGAAUCCGGCUGAUGUGAUGACCUUUGCCUUCCAGCGGAUUGGCAAUUUGCCCAAGCAUCGCUGCUUCACCACCGGCUGCCACUUGGAUUCGGCGCGAUUCCGUAACCUCAUCGCCGCACGUCUCAAAUUGCCAGCUUCUCAGAUUCAGGGCUUCGUGAUCGGGGAGCAUGGAACGAGUUGUGUGCCCGUUUGGUCCUGCGUCUCCGCCGGCGGUAUUCUGCUCAAGGAUAUGGUCCAGGAUCUGGCCUGUGGCGAUGACCCAGAAAACUGGUCGGAGAUCAACGAGCAGGUCAUAAAGGGUGGCCUUGCAGUGGCCAAGACCAAGGGUUAUACCAACUGGGCCAUUGCCCUAACCUGUGCGGAUGUCGUGGAGGCGAUGUGCGGCGGAAGGGGCAAGAUCGUCACCCUGGGUACGGACAUGCAGGGUCUGCAUGGCAUCGAGGAUAGCGUCGUGCUCUCCCUUCCCUGUUUGGUCACCUCGGGUGGGAUUAGUCAUGUCUUCGAGCUUCCCCUCACGGAUGUGGAGGAAAAGAAGCUACAUGCCUCCGCCGAAAUUCUUCUCGAGGCGCAAUGCUCUAUAAAGUUUUAAACUAAAAAAAUAUGAAUUGCAUAUGGUUUGAGCUUGGGAAAGUUUCACCCAAAACAACGCCUGGAAUUUUUGGAAAGAAGUUUGACCACCCUAAGAAGAGAAUACUGCUGAUUCCACUUGAUUGGAAAUAAUGUGAGCCAGAUUUAAACGUUGCACAGAUAAUAUUAAGUCAACGUGUUUUUGUUUACUAAGAGAUACACAAAUUCAAAUCCCUUCUCUCAUUUGAUAGCUGGUUUCCAAAGACCCCACCUAACGUUAUAUUCAUUGAAAUCAGCCAGCCACAACCAAAAUAAAUCUCAAGUGGAAAGAACGAGAAAGAAGAGAAGAAAAUAGAAGAGAGAGAUAAAUAAACAAGCCCUUUUCUAUUUUCUCCUAGAGAAAACGAGACAUAAAUACACACAUUACAUAGACAAGUUGUAAAAUGCAACGAUAUGAAAACACUUUUCGGCAUUUCUGUGACCCUGUGAAUAUACAUCUAAAAUUUUGUAAUUUUCCCAAAAA